AUGCCAUGCUCCUGCCACAAACCCUGCAGAAUGAAACACACCGAAGAUUCUGAAGAGCAAACAGAGUUGAUUAAAGAAACCAAGGAGAAUGAAGAACUGAGUGAAGUUGAGGAGAAACCUGGAGAAAAACCUUUGAGUUGCUCUCAAACCAAACAGAAGGAUUUAAAGAAAAGAAGAGCCAAGAAAUGUUUCACCUGCACUCAGUGUGGAAAGAGUUUGUCAAGCAAAUAUCAUCUUGAUGUUCACAUGAGAGUUCAUACUGGAGAGAAACCAUACACAUGUGAUCAGUGCGGAAAGAGCUUCAUUCAAUCAUCAAGCCUUAAGGAUCACAUGAAAAUCCACACUGGAGAAAAUCUAUACAAGUGUUCACACUGUGACAAGAUAUUCAGUCGAUCAGCACACCUGAAAAUGCACGAGAGGAUCCACACUGGAGAGAAACCGUUCACAUGUGAUCAGUGCGGGAAGAGUUUCACACAAUUAUCAAGCCUUAAGAAACACAUCAAUAUCCACACUGGAGAGAAACCGUACAAGUGUUCACGUUGUGACAAGAGAUUCACUCAGUCAGGAAUCCUGAAAACACAUGAAAGGAUCCACAGCAGAGAGAAACCGUUCACUUGUGAUCAGUGCGGGAAGAGUUUCAGACAAUCAUCAAGCCUUAAGAAACACAUGAGAGUUCAUACUGGAGAGAAACCAUACACAUGUGAUCAGUGCGGAAAGAGCUUCAUUCAAUCAUCAAGCCUUAAGGAUCACAUGAAAAUCCACACUGGAGAAAAUCUAUACAAGUGUUCACACUGUGACAAGAUAUUCAGUCGAUCAGCACACCUGAAAAUGCACGAGAGGAUCCACACUGGAGAGAAACCGUUCACAUGUGAUCAGUGCGGGAAGAGUUUCACACAAUUAUCAAGCCUUAAGAAACACAUGAACAUCCACACUGGAGAGAAACUGUACACUUGUGAUCAGUGCGGCAAAACAUUUUUGAGGGCUUCAGACCUGAAGAAACACCUGAGAGUUCAUACAAAGGGG